ACAAAAUCGCACUUUGUUUACCAAUUGCUGCGAUUGACGAACCAGUCGGUCGGCUAACCAAACCGGCAGCGCUCGUUCGUGCGCUUUUUAAAUCUAUAAAGAGUCGCGCGUCGCCAUCGGCGCACGCGACUAAUUUCACCGUGGCAUGACUCAGUGACGUGACAAAAUGAAUAAAGCCGAAGUUUCGGCGGAAGCCACCGCACCCAGCGUGGCGAUCCACGUGGACCACUAUGAGGACCCAGCUGAGGAACAUUCAAAGCUUCUAGACGUAAACGCUCCUACACCGAUUGUGACGCCCUCUGGACAAAUGCGAAAAGUAAAGAGUUUCACCGAUACACACAGAAUUCGUGAUGUGAGUGCCGCUUCUGGAGCAGCAUCAGCACGCUGUCUUCGACCUUAUGAGCAAGUGGCUACUUAUACUGACGGUUCCGACAGCGGUACUAAUCAAUAUGGUGCACAAUCGGUCAGAUCCUUGGCAUCAAUUGGAAUGGGAUGCACAGAUGGACGAAAAAUGGUUAUCAAACGAGUGCCAACCUCGCCUACGGAACUAUUCCAUCUAGUACGUCCUCCUACACCUCCAGAUGAAGACACAGCUUCGCAUGAGAGUUGCGAAGAAGAAGAAGCAGACGUGGAAGACCACCAUCUCAAGCCGCGGCGCCCGUUUUGGGCGAAUAAAAUACAGUUCGUGCUGGCUUGUGUGGGCUACUCGGUCGGUCUCGGCAACGUGUGGAGAUUCCCCUAUCUUUGCUAUAAAAGUGGCGGAGGCGCAUUCCUCAUUCCCUACUUCAUAAUACUCAUUGUGUGUGGUGUGCCUAUGCUCUUCAUGGAAUUGGCGAUCGGACAGUAUACGGCGCAUGGGCCUAUUGGGGCGCUAUCGCAAAUAUGUCCACUAUUCAAAGGUGCUGGUCUAGCAAGUGUAGUGAUCUCUUUCGUAAUGUCUACUUACUACGCAGUAAUCAUAGCGUGGGCAAUAUACUAUUUCUUUACAUCGUUUAAGUCUGAAGUUCCGUGGGCUAGCUGCUCGAAUAGGUGGAACACAGCCCACUGCUGGGUCCCGUUCCAUAACCACACAAAGCCAAACGGAUCCCAAACUCCUACCGAACAGUUCUUCGAAAAAAAAGUUUUAAAUGUGAGCCCCGGUAUUGAAUUUCCCGGUGGAAUGCGGUGGGAACUGGCAGCUUGCUUGGUCUGUGCUUGGGUGCUGGUCUACUUCGCCCUAUGGAAAAGCAUCAAAUCAUCCGCAAAAGUUCGUUACAUCACCACAACACUGCCGUUUUUAUUGAUAAUCGUGUUUCUGGGUCGAUCAUUAACACUAGAGGGGGCGAACGUUGGAUUGAGAUAUUUUUUCAAGCCUGAUUGGGAACUGCUAAAACAAUCCCGGGUUUGGGUGAAUGCCGCUUCACAAAUCUUUAACUCUAUCGGAGUAGCUUUCGGCUCGAUGAUCAUGUUCGCCUCAUACAAUCGAUUCGACAACAACUUCCUUCACGACACAUUGGCUGUGUCAUUGAUCAACGCGGUCACCAGUCUUAUUGUAGGAAUAUUCACUUUUGCUACUAUUGGCAACAUCGCCAUUGAACAAAACACUAGUGUGAAGGAUGUUAUCGCUGAUAGUCCGGGUUUACUAUUUGUGGUAUAUCCACAAGCUAUUGCAAAGAUGCCAGCGUCACAGCUCUGGGCUGUUCUAUUCUUCUUCAUGUUCUUGUGUCUGGGCUUAAAUAGUCAGUUUGCUAUAGUGGAAGUUGUAGUGACAUCAAUACAAGAUGGCUUUCCCGAAAUGAUACGAAAGAGACUGGUUUAUCACGAGUUGUUAGUACUAUGCGUUUGUGUAGUAUCGUUAUUUUUCGGAUUGCCUCACAUACUGCAUAGUGGCAUAUAUGUCUUCCAACUGAUGGACUACUAUGCUGCUUCACUCAGUAUUACAUAUCUCGCCUUUUUCGAAGUAGUUGCCAUAGCUUGGUUCUAUGGUAUUGGACGUUUAUCAAACAACAUUAAACAAAUGACAGGUCAAUAUCCCUCCUUUUACUUCCGCUUCUGCUGGUUAAUAGCAGCACCAGCGUUAUUGUUGGCGCUGUGGGUAGCUAGCUUAGUAGACUACACGCCUCCCACCUACCGGCAGUACUCGUAUCCUGCGUGGGCGCAAGUGCUAGGAUGGACGAUAGCAUCCCUGUCUCUUUUAUGCAUCCCCGCAUAUGCAGUUGUCACGGUUGUGAGAGCACCUGGCAAUACUAUAGGAGAAAAAUUCCGUUACUCAAUAAGGCCAGCGUCUAUGUGCGAUUGCGGCAUAAGCGGUUGUGAUAUAUGCUACUCCGAUUCAGAUCCUCCAGACGACAAAACGAAUAUAAACUAGUCAGUGUUUCCAUAAAAUAAUUUAACGAAUCAUAGUAAUUUAAAUAUUCGUAGCGCAUAUUUUUAAAUUGAGUAGACAUAGUAAAUCAGAAGUUAUCACAAACGAAUAUCACACGUAUGACCAAGUAGGUAUGUAGAUAUAUAGUUACAUUAUGAUACCAAGAAUAAACAAGACAAUGAUAAAUAGAACAAGACAGUCUCCAUCACAUUAUCAUUAAUUUACAAUCAAGCGGAGACCGUACUCGACCUUAAACAAUAAUCAUGUAAUGAUGACAUAGUUCUCUACACUCAAAAACUAACACUACAAAAAGUAGGUACGACCGUUUCAAGAUAACGAAUCGUUAUGGUUGCAGGUAAAGCGGCAAUUCCGAUAAGUCACACAAAUCAGCAUCAGGUCUGAUUCUACGUUUUUUUUAACUGCGCUCGAUUUGAUUCUCGAAUGAGCCAGAUUUUAAAUUAACAUAUUUUUGCUCUGUUUGACUUUUUCUCUUAUUUAUUAAUGUUCAGAUAAAAAAAAAUCUAAUUGUAAGUAGGUGUUAUAUAAUGAUGAUUUUGCCCCUCUGACACUGGCGCCCGGGGCAAGUGCCACUACCUGCUUCCCCUAGAUCCUUCCUAGAUCCUUAAUGCUAAUCUAGAAAAUUUGUUUAAUAUAUUUUAAACCUCAACCUAUUUAAAUUUUAGGUUCCAAAUCGAUUGCAAGAAAUUGCCGUUAUGUGAUAACCUGAUGUGCCACUGUGUACACAAACAAUUAUUUCCAGUGAAAUGUUGGGUUCCGUAGCUAACAUUGAAAUAUGUGUAAGUAGCAAAAGUAAAUACUAUUGACAAUUUGAGAAUAAAAAAUAUUUAAAAUAAAUUCUCAUCUAACAAUUUUUUUUUGCUACGGAAUCUCAGAAUUAGAUCUAAUGCUGUGACUAGCACACAUAUGAUCUAUGUAAUAUUUCUGAAAACUUAUGAGAAAAUGUGUAAUAUCUUUUUUGCUAAAUCUUAUUUUUGCCAUAAUUGAAUCACUGAUAUAUCUACUAAUUGUUGAAGUUAACAGUAGGUACAUACUGAUAUGACUCAACACAUCAAGGUGGAACUUAAAGUAGGUAAAAAGAUAAUUUCCUAUAUUCAUUUUUAUGACAGAAUAAAUGUAAACAAUAAACUUGUUAGACAAGUAGGUAUAAUAAUUAAUAAGUCAACAACAAAACUGAAACAAAUAUCGAAUACCUACUUAAUAAAUGUAAUAGAAAUAAUAGAUGCAAGAAAUUUGAAAGUUGAUGGAAUUGAAUAGAAAGCAGAUUCUAUUUGAAUUUGGAAUGACCAAAAUAUGUUGUGAAUGCCUAAAAACACUUUGGAAUUAAUAUAAGGAUAUGAAAUUGAUGUGUUUGUUACAUGUAUACCACAAUCCUCAUCCAUAGCAUACACAAAAACAGGGGUAUGAACAUUAAAAGAAUUGUGCAUCACUUGAUAAGUCAGUACUAUUAAUAAGUAAAUGAACCAAUCCCUAGACUUUUCAUGCAUGUCACUUAUGAAAUCAAACAAAAAUUAGAAAUUAGAACUUUGAAUUAUUAUUAUUAUAAUUUGGAUUGUUGUAAUUAAGAAAGUACAUUUGUGAUCAAAGAACUAGUGAUGUAAAACAUUCCAUAUGUCAUGUUUUAUUCUAAGUAUGUGUAGACGCUUAUUUAUUAACAUAAUUUAGAUACAUUGUAAGGUAUGAAUGUCAAGUAUGAUUAUAAAUACAUUUUAAGUAGCAAAACAAUCAGUUUUUGCUUCAUGAUUAAUUAAUAAAUAUUAUUUACUUGUUAUACAAUACUGAGACAUGUUGGCAAUAAUAAAGAAAAAUUAUCUGUAAAUAUAAUACUUUGUAAAUAUCUACUAUUAAUUGUUCCAAUUUAAAGUGAAUUAAUAUU